GCAGAAAUGAAAAGGAAAAAUCAGAGCACUGUCGCUGAAUUCAUUCUCCUGGGCUUUUCCAGCUAUCCUGAACUCCAAGAGCAGCUCUUUGGGGUUUUUUUGGUUGUUUACCUGGUGACUCUGAUGGGGAAUGCUGUCAUUAUAGUCAUCAUCUCCUUGGAACACAGCCUCCAUGUCCCCAUGUACCUCUUUCUCCUGAACUUAUCUGUGGUGGAAGUGAGUUUCAUGGCAGCCAUCAUGCCUGAGAUGCUGGUAGUUCUCUCCACAGAAAAAGCCAAGAUCACAUUUGCAGGCUGCUUUGUCCAGAUGUAUUUCAUUCUUUUCUUUGGUGGGACAGAAUGCUUUCUGCUGGGGGCAAUGGCUUAUGACCGAUAUGCUGCAAUCUGCCAUCCUCUGAGCUACCCAAUGAUUAUGAACAAAGGUGUUUUCGUGAGAUUAGUGACAUUCUCAUGGGUCUCAGGGAUCCUGGUGGCUACUGUGCAGACCACCUGGGUAUUCAGUUUCCCCUACUGUGGUCCCAAUGAAAUCAAUCACCUCUUCUGUGAGACUCCCCCAGUGCUGGAGCUUGCAUGUGCCGACACAUUUCUGUUUGAAAUCUACGCAUUCACAGGCACCGUUUUGAUUGUUAUGCUUCCUUUCCUGUUGAUCCUCUUGUCUUACAUUCGCAUUCUCUUCGCCAUCGUGAAGAUGCCAUCUACCACUGGGAGGCAAAAGGCCUUUUCCACCUGUGCCUCCCACCUCACAUCUGUCACUCUCUUCUAUGGCACAGCCAACAUGACUUAUCUCCAGCCCAAAUCUGGCUACUCACCAGAUACUAAGAAAGUGAUGUCAUUGGCAUACACAUUACUCACACCUCUGCUGAACCCCCUGAUCUACAGCUUGAGAAACAAUGAGAUGAAAAGAGCCUUGAUGAAACUAUGGCGAAGAAGAGUGGGUUCACACACUUUCUGACGUGACUAAGAGUCUUGUGAUGCCUGGUAUCACAAGAUAAACUGUCUGAAAUCUAUUUACAUUUAAUCAGUGGCUGAAUUGUUUGCAUUUCUCAAUGUAAAUAUAUUUAAUGUUUUUGGUGUUUUCAAGCACAAUAAUAUUAGGGUC